AUGGCGAUGACGUCAGCAUCUUCCGGGUUUGUUCUGACGGCCAACUUCGCCGCCGGCGCCGGUGGUUCAUCGGCGUCGUCUAGGAGCUCCGCCGUGUUUUUCUUGCCGAUGAGGAGCGCCGCCGAUAAACAAUCAGCGGCGGAGGAAGCUCCGGCAACCACCGCAGCUCCGGCGGCGGAAGCUGCCACCAAGCCAAAGCCGCCUCCGAUCGGCCCCAAGAGAGGCGCCAAGGUGAAGAUUCUGAGGAAAGAGUCAUACUGGUACAAGAACGUGGGAUCAGUAGUGGCCGUUGAUCAGGAUCCGAAGACGAGGUACCCGGUUGUGGUCCGGUUCCCGAAGGUGAACUACGCCAACGUAUCGACCAACAAUUACGCACUGGACGAGGUCGAAGAAGUUAAAUGAGAAUUAUUCAUCAAAGGUCUAUUUGCCUGUAAUGGAACCGUUUGUGCCUUGCCCAUUAGUCUAUUCUCUCUUCUUCUGAAUUCUUGCCCCAUCACUUGUGAAAAUAUUUAGAUCACGAAUCCGAAUGUAAUCGAAUUGUACUAUUAAAACCCGGGUUUUUAGCUCA